GAUGAGGUCAUCAACGUGCGCAGUAACCAGCACUUCAGACAAUGCAACUCGAGCCGAUGAAGGCAGUUCUAGCGUUAAUACAGUAAUCUGAUGAUUUGGGGUCGUGCAUUCAUUCAAUUCUAGGGUUUUAGUAGUUGUAAUAGAACAACUAAUCUGGAAAGAGAUGGAGUCGACAGGCGAAAGUAGUCCGAAAAGCCCCGAAGAGAGAAGCACUCUAUCUGCUGCGCAGAAAAGAGCAGAAAUUCGGAGGCGAAAAUUGCUUUUGAAUUCCGAAGACAGGAUGAACAGAAUUGUGGGUUUCACCAAAAUUGAGUCGGAAACCAACGGGGCCUCCAGAGGCGUCACAGAACCCAAGUUCCACCUGGACUUGGGCGGAAGUGACGCAUGGACCUCCCCGUCCUCCGCCUCACCCAGACUGUCUCCGUUCGUCCCAGAGAUCACCAGCAGCACCAGAAGCCACUCCCUCAACGCCACCCCAGAACGGAGGGGGUCCCCCCAGCCCGAUAGCAGUGAGAUGCUGGGCGGGGUUGGCGGGGUGGGGGUGGAUGAGGAGGUUGUGGUGGGAGCAGCAGGGGUCCGUCAGAGGCCGAGGGGGGAACUGUCGUCGGACGAGCCAAACCGCUCCCCACGUAGAGGCCUGCAGAAGUAUCUGUCCCGUUUUGAUGACGCAAUGAAGCUCAGGGGCCAGCUGGCCAAUGAGAAGCCGGCUCAGGAUGGGAGUUCUGACCCGGAGGAGUUGGAUUCCUUCAGGUUGUUCAGAAUGGUGGGCAGCAUCCUGCUUGCCGUCUUCGUCAGGAUAUUCGUCUGCAAGUACUUGUCAAUAUUUGCACCGUUUCUCACUCUGGAGCUGGCUUACAUGGGCCUGUUCAAGUACUUUCCAAAGGUGGAGAAGAAGGUCCAGACUACGGUCCUCACGGCCGCGCUGCUCCUGUCGGGCAUCCCCGCCGAGGUCAUCAACCGCUCCAUGGACACGUACCGGAGGAUGGGCGACGUCUUCGCCGACCUCUGCAUCUACUUCUUCACCUUCGUCCUCUGCCACGAGAUCUUCGUGCUGAUUGGAUCGGAGGAGGCGCAGUGAGGAAAGGGGGCCGCCAACUGCGUUGUCGUCGUCGGGGAGAAAAAAAAAGGGUGUCGAAGGGUGUACCCCUGAUUGUUUGCCGUGACCCCUGACCCACACCGCACCCCCCUCCAUCUGCUAUUCAAGCUUGGGGUUACACUACGUUUUGCAAACAAUACUUGGGGUGCACUUGAUUUAACCUCACCGCUGCAGCAACACCCCUGGGACAGUCCCAGGAGUAGAAACUGAGGAAUAAAUCAAACUCGCCUCGUUCACCAGAUCAUUUCAUAACCAGAGUUGGAGACAGAACCUGAGGGUGAAUACUCAUCUGUAGAAAGCGGGCGUAACGGGAUAGAGGGUUUGACAUGCGUUGAGAUGUGCUAACUUUGUAUGUGUUGACGUUGGUUUGAAAUAUAUACACUCAUAGGAGCUGCUUCAAGUUACCACACAAUAAGUGUUAUGUGACGUCCGUUUAGUCUUGUGAUUUCUCCCCAGGUGAAUAUAUAAACAUACACACAUCACAGGGAGGACUGGAAAUGCAAUUUGCCGUUAUUGAUUUUUGCUGAAUGUUUAAAGCCGUACUUGCACCCUUGUAAGCCUGAAUAAACAGUCAGCUUCCUGUACAUGCAUAACCCCGGGGGCAGUUGUGCAAGAGUGUAGAAACUGUCCCGGUAUUAAUUUUGAAAUUGUGCGUGGGUGUGUUAUUUACUGGGACACAGUGGGAUCUUACAAGCUUUUGUGUGUCUUUGCAUGAGAACUUCAGCCGGUGAAGCAACAGUCAAACAUUGCUUUGCAAUGUUUUCUUUCUCAAACAUUAUUUCACUCAAAUUUUUUCUCUCUCUUUAUUUAACGCUGUCUUUAUCGUGUUACUUAACUGCUGAUUCUACAUUUUAUUAAAAUUAAUUUAUUUGGUGUGUCA